CUUAUCGAGUAGGGCCUUUUUUAAAAGCAUGUCAAGAAAAAAAACGAUCAAAGAAGCGUUUGAGUUAUACGUUUAACAAGCAAGUUGAAGUGCUUAAUCAAGAUUUGUAGCCUAUCAGAACAUAUUUAAUUCCAGAAAAAAAUAAAAAAUAAAAACCAGAAUAUCAGAAAUGGAGUCAAGUGCAGAUAAAGUCUGGAAGCUCCACAGUGAGAUAGCAAAUAUGAAAAGGGACUAUGAUAACUGGUCGAACAUUCUGGAAAUGAGCCAUUUAAAAGAACAAAACCAGAUUAAGCUUUGGGAAAAGGCUAUGGAAAAAGUUCAAGAAACGGUGAAAGACAACAGGGCCGAGACUACUUUUGAUGUUAGGAAUGACGAAAAUGAAAUUUUUUUGACUAUCGCGUACACGCCAACCCAAUCGAAGUGCAUAAAAAUAAAAAACAGCUGCCACCUGAAGAGCUUUACAUUGCCCGAGGCCUUGGAGUGGAUUCAAAUGAAUAUAGCAGGCCUAGAAGGAUCAAUAAAGAAAAUCGUCCUUGAUCAGAAUUAUGUGAGUUGUCAACAAGAACAGCUCUACUGGACGCAAAAAUAUUUAAGCAAAGGGGAGAAGGCACUACCUCAAAUCGCAAUGGGAACUGAGGAACAGACCGAAGUGAAUGGUGAUUUGGUAAAGACACCUAAUAACCUUACGGAACUCGUGAAUCCUAGUGAACCGGACUUAAAUGCAUUUAUGGUGACAGCAGAAGAGGACACUGCUUUAAUAAAUAACUUUAAAGAUGAAGUUCUUGGUAUGCUAAGUAAACUUAUGAGCCUUAAUUCUGAAGUCUUGCCAGAUACAAUAGUUGAUGGUAUUAGGAAAGAAAUCUAUGAGCUCCUGGAAAGAUUUGGAGAGGGAAACAUAGCAGCUGAGACGACUAAUUACCCAACCAGCAAUCAAAGAACUCGGAAUUCUCCGAAAGUGAUCGCUCCUACUACAGAUAUUUCGAAAAUAGAAUACCACGAAUUGCCUACACUAGACACAAACAAAAAAGAACCGACGAUAGUCGAUUUGAAGGAUAUAAGAAAUAUUGAAGUCAGAUUGCUUGAAUAUAAUGCAAAUAAAACCGGUGGCACUAAAAAUGGGUUAGCUGAAAUGCAAUCUGACCUUAGCGAAUUGAGUGAUAAAUUUUCAGGUCAAGUUAACUCGAGCGAAAGUAAUACAAAAAAAAUCGAAUCGAAUGCAGAUUAUACCGGUGAAAUUAACUAUAGGGAGAAUUAUUGCCUUCAUUUAAAUUUUUCUAUAAAUCCUGCCAAUAAAGUCACCAUUUCUAGUAUAGAUUUUGAGAGAAAAGAAAACACAUUAGAGGCUGAAGAAGAAACAUCUGGAACACAACCUAUUGAAAUCCGUACAGAAAAUGAGUCAGGUGGCUCAAAACUCAAUUCAGAGCAAAAUUCCAAUAGUAUUCAACGUGGAUUUCGGUUUCCGAAAGAUUUAAAUGGGACCCAAUCAUUAGAGUGUGAUUCAAAGGAGUGUCUAGAUCAAUACAUGAGUGGUGGUAUGAAAACUUUGAGCGGCCAAAAGGAAUCUGCACCAGAAAAAAUGAUGAAACAUAAUGAAUCCUCUGAAGGGAUGUGCAAGCCAAAAUGUGAAAAUGACUUGGUUUCCUGUCCUCCUAUUAAUGAUAUUUUAUUUGACUCUACAGAAGAAGAUAAUACAACUGGUGGCGUUCCCACUAAUAUUAAUCUGAACGUAAAUCAUUCAAAUGGUGAUUAUAAUCUUUCCUAUUCUAAAUCACAAAAUCUGAACGAUAAUGCAGGGGAUACAAUUAUAAAUGAUGAGUACUUAUAUAAGCUUCCUAACGUUUUACGAGACUAUAAUUUUGAAAACACCGUGAAUGAGAAAAACUGUACAGAAAGUCCAUCAAAGAGUAUUUCUAAAAAAGGAAAUAGUAGUACCAUUAAAAUAGAAAUUGAGUCCGGAACAGAAAGAAAAAAAUCAUAUAUUUCAGAUACACCUUUCGCGAUGGUUACAAUCCACCUGUGCAAUGAUGUUAAAAAUUCCGACGAUUCUUUUGAUUUAGCUGUGACUGAUGAUAUGAAAUCUAUAAUAACCAAAAAUAAAACCUAUUCGGGGCAAAAUAUGAAAUAAUAUAAUGAGCAU